AUGGCUGCCCAUGGUAUCACCAUAAUCUUCUCACCAUACCAUGUUGGCAUUCGGGACCACCGAGUAGGAAACGGACCCCAUCGAAUCCGCUCACUUGGAAUAGUCCAAGAGCUUGAGGAUCUGGGAAUCAAAGUUCAUCUACACGAGAUUGAACGAGUUGAUGAAUUCGAAGGAGAAAUCGGCCGGAGCUUCGAAAUCAUGCGUCGCAUUUCGAAGGCCGUUACAAGCGCCGUCACCACCAACACCUUCCCCCUCAUCCUCUCAGGUAAUUGUUAUGCCAGUGCUGCAGUUGCAUGUGGACUUCGAAUCCAGGAUCUAGGCUUUAUCUACUUCGACGCCCAUGAUGAUCUCGAUUCCCCGGAUGUCAACGAAAAUGGCUACUUCGAUGCCAUGGGGCUAUCAAUGCUCCGUGGCGAAAGCUGGAAACUACUCAUGAGCUCUGUUCCUGGCUUCCAGCCUCUGGACUAUCAUCGCUUUCUGUAUUGUGGAUUGCGAGACCAAUCCGAUCUUCAGAGACAGCGGGUGAUUGAUGCCGGCAUGACGGCUAUCUGGGGUGACACCAUGCAAAAGAUCAACUUCCCAUCCGAGCUGAAAUCUCACCUCGAAGGCCGCGACUACAGCCCGGCAUUGGUGCACUUGGAUCUGGAUGUUCUUGAUGACAGUUACGGCAAGGUGAAUGAUUACCCGUCACCUGGGGGCAUGCUUGAGUCGGAUUUGAUUGAAUGCAUGAGAAUUGUACCCCGACAGUCAACACCCAAGUCACUCACAGUCUGCUCCUUUGAUCCAGAAGCUGGUGAUGGUGACAAGAUUGCAGGCAUUGCGAUUCGUUCUAUCAAAACAUUUGUUCAAUCUCUGCUAGACAUGAAUCUUCUUUCAAGAACCUGA